ACGCGAACCCGUUCCUCUUUCCUCUGCGCGCACAUACUCUCUUUCGCACGUGGGUGCAUCUGCAGAAGUGCCGCAACACCGAAACCGCAGCAGCAGCGAGCGCACCGAACUGCCUUACCUCAUCCCCCAUCGCCAAGCCCACCACCAAGGCCGUCAUCCAUCUCAUCCAAGCAAGCAGUAGCAGGGAUCACUCACACCAACACCCAAUCUCCCUCCUUCCUCUUCCUCUCCACAUCAUGCUCCGCCAGCGACAACCCGCCGCAGCAUCCGCCCCUGAACGCCGCACUCAAAAGGAUCAGAUACCCACCAUGGCGGCCGCGACGACGACGACCCUGGACAAUGAGCGCAGUCCGUUGCUCCCACGCCACGAGGACGACGCACACAGCGAACCGCCGACCGAGGCAGAAAACGACGACGAGCAAACGACUGAGAGCAUGGCUUGGGCACGACGGAAUCAGUGGAUUGUUCUCGCCGUUGCGAGCGGCGCCUGCGCUGCUUUCAACGGCGUGUUUGCAAAGUUGACCACAACUGAGCUUACAACGACAAUAUCCCAAGCAAUCUCCAACUUUCUUCAUCUCCAAGACAUUGAAGGCGCUUUUGAGGUUGUCAUGCGAGCAGUGAGUAAAUUUGGACAAUCGCUAUCAUCAAACUUGCUAAUCAUGUCACAGGUCUUUUUCGGUCUCAACCUGGUCUUCAACGGCAUCAUGUGGACUCUCUUCACAAAGGCACUCGCCAAGGGCCAGUCAACCACGCAGGUGUCCAUCAUGAACACGUCUGCCAACUUUGUCAUCACCGCCAUCCUCGGCUUCGCCAUCUUCUCCGAGUCGCUGCCGCCGCUCUGGUGGGUCGGCGCCGCCAUGCUCGUCGCCGGCAACGUCAUCAUCGGCCGCAAAGACGAGGAGGCGGACAAGUCUGGCGACUACGCGCCGGUGCCGCAGCAGCCGGGUCUCGCUCCCGUCCCGCUGGACGGCGGCGACGAGGACAAGGAUUCCGAGGACGAGGAUAUCGUCGAUUUGGGAGACUUGAACUCUGCGGAACACCGCGCUUGAGUUUGAAGUCUGAGACGAUUGCAUAUAGGAGGCCGUGUACAUGUUUGCUUAUACAUCAUGCAUGUUGGAUAGGUAGACAAUACCCAAGCUGAUAAAGAAGAAGUUUAGAUGAACUUGAAAUACCUGGGUCUGCUCACAUACCUGUCAACUCACUGGCCACGCACACUUGGUAUAUGUAAACAUUCUGAUCCUUCUUACAUACCACUCGCCACAUUUC